AAUUAGUAGUUUAUCUCAACGUUCGCUAAAGAGAAGAAAAGAAAGCCUACUUGUCUUUUUUGUCAGUCUAUCUCGAAGGAUUUGCAUUACAUAAAACAGCUAUAACUAUGAUGGCGCUUUUGCAAGAACACAGUCUCUACGAUGACAACACUCCCUCUGUCUCCUCUACGUCUUCAUCGUCCUCUGGCGUCUUGCCAUACGAGAAACAGAUCCCAGUCGGAGUUGGCUCAAACAUGUACCUGGACUUGAAGAGUCAGAAGCAUCAGGUCCUCUCUACCCCAGACGUCUCUGUAUUUGCUCUCUCUACCCCAGAGGUCCACAACUUGCUCUCAUCCUCAACAUCAACUUCAGUCACAUCCUCACUCCACCGUUCACCCUCCCGUCACUACCCUACCCAUCCGGGCCACCCAAUCACAAUGGAGCAAGAGUAUUAUGCCAAGGGGUUCCUGGAUCGAUUCGAGGCCCUCCAAGCUGGUGAUGUUCACAAGCCCCUCCACCCAUCCCACACCACCCUCUCCGAUAACUCCAUGUAUUCCUCGUAUGCUCCCGGCUCAAACCCAUCCCUAGAGGCCGUUGCUCCAACGUACGUCACCGCCACACUCGAUCAUAUCCCUAAUUUUUCGAUGACGACGCAAACGACCUCCGAAAGCACCACUUCCUAUCCGGUGUCCUCGCAGCACGAUGUGUAUUACUCAGAUGCUUACUCUCUCCCUUCUUACCCACGUCACGAGGGAGCCCUAAUGGGAGGAUUCCCGAUGAUGGCCUCAGCAGGAGGUGUGGCGGUCUCCGCUCAACCUAUGUACUCUGUCAUGGAGCCUCAUGUCGUUGGUCACGACGUCUUGAAAGAGAUGUCCAUGGUCCCUGACCUACAGACACAGGAGCAAAUGAAAGUGGAGAGGAAGAAGGCAAGGAACAGGAUCGCAGCAUCAAAAUGUCGCACAAGACGCCUACAAAGAGAGUCUGAUCUCGAGAGCAAAGUGAAAAUCCUCAAAGAUCACAACAAGGAGUUAAAUGAUGAAGUCAGUGGACUAAAGAAGCAGAUAUCAAGCUUGAAGAAAGCUUUGUCCCAGCACGCUAGCACUGGAUGUCAGAUUAAUAUCUCGCCGAGUUCUCUACCAGGCCAUUCAGGGAGCAACGCAUAAUCUCGUCUUGUGUUUGUCUGUCAAAGUGGAAUUUUAAAACUGUUUAGCUCUUGCAUUUCUUUCUAUAUCUCUCUCGUUUUAAUUUUGUACACCACUGAAACCUUUUCCUUUCUUUCUCUUUCGCCCUCGAUAACUCGAAAGCAGUUGAUUGCUUUCAAUCGAAUUUAUUAUUUUUGUAUUCAGAACACAUGCAAUUAACACAACAAUAUUUGAAAUGUGUGUCAUUCAUUCCCUGUGAUAUAAUGACUUAAAAUUUUUUUGUAUAAUAAAAAAUUAUCAUUAUUUUCAUAA